AUGGCGGUGGAUGAGCAAGACAACCCGUCAGAAUCUACUCCAAGAGAAGCCGAGCUACAAAGGCAACUCGACGGAUUACAAAGCCAGGUAACCGACUUGCACAAGGCUCGGGAAGCUACCGAGAACCUUGAACUUUCCUCUGAAGUUCAAUGCCUGAAGGAAAAGCUAGAUGAGCAUUCGAAGCAGCAGGAGCAAAGUGCUGAGAAGCUUACUCAGCUCGAAUCUGAAAACCUUGUUCUCGGAGACAAGAAUCAAGCCCUCAACAUGAGCCUGGACACACCCAACACCGCAGGAGGUACCGCUCAACAGCCUUCAGGUGAAGCAGGGGCAUCAGGGGAAAAAGCUGGAGAUACGCGAGUGCAUGAAACAAUAUCCAGCAACUCCGAGCCAGACUCCGAGAAGGAAACAUCCAAAGGAGCCGCGGCAUUGCAGUCCUCAUUGACCACCUAUCUGGACCAGAUAUUCUCCAAGAAGCUCGACGCCAUGCAAUCUAUGGUAGAAAGGCUCCCCGGGGUGGCACCUCCGAUUCGGAAAAGUAAUCCUGGUUCUUAUGCCGAUACUCCUUUCACAGAUAAUAUUGCCCUGAUCGGGAUGCUGAGAAAGUUCUCCUUCCCCAACAUAAAGAUAUAUGACCGCACCGGCGACCAAGACGACCACAUCGCUCAGUACAAACAAAGGAUGCUAGUUGUAACACUCCCAAGGGAGUCCCGCGAGGCCACCAUGUGUAAGGGAUUCUGCUCAACCCUGAUCGGACCCGCGUUGCAAUGGUACAUUAAUCUACCUAUCGGAUCCAUAUCUUCGUUUGCAACUCUCAGCGAUGGGUUCGUGGAGCAGUUCGCAAGUAGCCGGAACCUGGAGAAAACCUCGGACAGCCUCUAUGAAAUCCUCCAGCAUCAGGUCGAACCCCUUCGUGAUUACAUAGCUCACUUCAAUCAGGAAAAGGUAUCGAUUCCUGAAUGCAACGUCACCACAGCAAUCUCAGCCUUCAAAAGAGGCCUGCUCCAAGACAGGGAUCUCUACAAGGAACUGACCAAGUAUCAGUGUAAAACUAUGGAAUACGUAUUAUCCCGAGCCUGGGCCCAGGAAAAUGGGAGAAAGACGUCGCAACCCGCGCUAGGACACAGCAGAAACAAGCAACAAGGCAAGAUGAGAGCGAUCGAGACGAGAGGUCCUCCCAGAAACCCAGAAAAGACCAAAGGGGCAGGAACCGGGGCAGGUACAUGA